AUGUCAUUCCUGAGGCUCGCUAUAUGUGUUGCAGGCGUGUAUUCGAUGUUCCUGCUAUGGGCUAUAGCUCAGGAACGAUUAUCGGUGCCCUUUGACACCAUUGACGGCAAGUCCUCAGACAAGUUCAACUCGCCUCUCUUCAUGAACACAUGCCAGAGUGCCUUCUGCGUGCUCUCCUCAUUCAUCUACUUGCGCAUACGGAGUCCGCGGCAUCAGUCCGUCCCAGAGGUUCUAGGGCUCGCGCAAGCCUACCCCGUCAAGCAGGCAUCCAAUGGCACGGCGAAGGCCAGCGGGCACUCACAUCACGCGAAGCCUGACCACCGGUACUCACUGAAGUCACUCCUCUUGCGCUACCUCCAAUGCUCAGUCUUCGUGACCUCCGCCGCGCCCUUCGGCUUCGCCGCCCUCUCCUACAUCACCUACCCGGCCAUGGUGCUCGGCAAGUCCUGCAAACUCGUGCCCGUCAUGUUCAUGAACGUCCUCCUCUACCGCCGGCGAUUCGCACCGUACAAAUACGUCGUCGUCGCGAUGGUCACGCUCGGAAUCACGAUGUUUAUGGGCUUCGGCGCGGAGAAGCCGGGCAAGUCCAAGCACGGUUCAGGCGCGGACGUGGGCAGCCUCCCGAUGAGCAAGCAGCUCAUCGGCAUCGGGUACCUGCUGAUCAAUCUCGCCAUCGACGGCGCGACGAACUCGACGCAGGACGAGAUCUUCGCGCGGUACAAGGUGUCUGGGCAGCAGAUGAUGUUCUGGAUCAACCUGAUAUGUACGCUCCUCACGUCGCUCAUGUGUGUGCUGCCGCUGCCAUACAUCCCGGUGCUGCAUCCCGGAGAGAGUGGGACGACCGAGCUGCAUGGCGCGUUGGAUUUCAUCAGGACGCACACGGAGAUCGUCAAGGCUUUGCUGCAGUACUCGUUGACCGGGUCGCUAGGGCAGCUGUUCAUCUUCGAGACCCUGCAGCAUUUCGGCUCACUAACCCUUGUCACUGUCACUCUUACUCGGAAGAUGUUCACCAUGCUGCUAUCGGUCGUUCUCUACAACCACAAGCUCACGCCGGGCCAGUGGUUAGGCACUUCCGUCGUGUUCGCCGGGAUAUCCGUAGAAGCCUGGGUAAAGCGGAAAGACGUACACGCAAAACGAGUCCUCCAGGAAAAGGAGAAGGCCAAAAUCAAAAGCCUGUAA